UGCUCAGUUGCCCACAACAAACCAUACAAUGGCACGACAACGAUCUAAAAAGCUGUCUGCCAGUCGCAAGACUGAGCAGAAGUUGGAGUCGGAGCCGGAACGAGAGAGAGAGCAAAGUGAAAGCGAGAAUGAGAGUCUUGCUAUCGAGGAGAAAGAUUCAGAUGAGGAAGAACUGGAUAGGCUUGUGCUGGGAGAUGGAGCGGGCUUCAAGGCGCAAUUGGGGAUGGAUAUGGAUUUAGACCAAGAGGGGGAUUCUGAAGAGGAUGGCGAUGUAGAAGGAGGUGGCGAAGCAGAUGAGGGGCUUGAGAAUGUUGACGAUGCGGAUCUCUUUUUUCUUGAUGCUGGGCCAUCUACAGUUGACCCGGGCGCCUUAAUACCACAUCCUGACUCGAGGGAAGUAGAGACGGAAGAUGCGCCGGCUUGGGAGGACAGCGAUGACGAUCGACUCGCAAUAUCACUUGCAGGGAAUUCACGACUACGAAAGCUUCGUGUGAACGAAGCGGAAGAUAUAGUCAGCGGAAGAGAUUAUGUCAGACGACUGCGAAGACAAUUUGAGCUUCUACAUCCAGUUCCAGAAUGGGCGCAACCUUCUGCGAGACCCGCGAAACGGCGUCGCAGAUCCUCAGCAGGUUCCGAUUCCUCGAUUUCAUCCGAUGGUAUGGACGUCGACGACUCUGACUUGUCAACGCUUCCACUCGCGCGACUUCUUCAGGAUGCUAGCUCCCUAACACGCACACGAUCUACGACGGGGAAACGUUCAAAGCUUCGACCAGAAGUCCUUGACAUCCAACGAACACGAGAUAUACCCCUCACACAGCCAUCAGCUAUAACAUCCCUAUCUUUCCACCCUGAGUACCCUGUCCUCCUCUCUUCUGGUCCAGCUUCAACGCUUUAUCUUCACCAUAUAUCCCCCACGGCACACCCGACGCCCAAUCCUCCCAUUACCUCUGUACACAUCCGGCACACACCCCUCGCAACAUCCGCAUUCCUCCUGCCCAAAGGCGACAAAAUUUUCUUCUCCGGCCGACGUCGCUACUUCCACACCUGGGACCUACCUACGGGAACCAUCCAAAAAGUCACUCGGAUAUAUGGACACAAGGACGAACAAAAGAGCAUGGAGAGAUUCAAACUCAGCCCUUGUGGGCGCUACAUGGGCUUGGUAGGAUCUUCGAAGAAAGGCGGCGGAAUUGUGAAUGUACUGGAUGCGAACACAACACAGUGGAUUGCAGCAGCUCGUAUCGAGGGCAAGAACGGCGUUGCUGAUUUUGCGUGGUGGAGCGAUGGGGAGGGAUUCACGGUUGUCGGCAAGGGAGGAGAAGUGGGAGAAUGGAGUGUGGAGUCUAAGUCUUUCGUCGCGAGAUGGAUCGACGACGGGUCCAUAGGUGCUACAGUGCUCACUCUUGGUGGACCCCAUGGCCCGAAGCCGCUGGGUGGUGAUAGGUGGGUGGCCAUCGGAUCCCAGAGUGGAGUGGUGAACAUCUACGAUCGACGCGCCUUUGUCUCCGGGAACGAGAUCAACGUCAAGGAAAGACCGGAACCUAAUAGAAGGUUUGAGCAGCUAACUACACCGACAAGUAAUUUGACCAUAAGUCCAGAUGGGCAGUUGUUGGUGUUGAGUAGCAAGUGGAAGAAGGAUGCUUUGAGACUGGUGCACCUGCCUAGUUGUACGGUGUAUAGGAAUUGGCCUACUAGUUCGACACCUUUGGGUAGGAUCACAGCGGUAGCGUUUGCGAGUGGAAGUGAUAUGCUAGCGGUCGCCAAUGAGGGGGGCAAGAUCCGGCUAUGGGAGAUUAGGAGUUAAAAAUAAGUGGAAUGAAAUGAUGUUCCAUUUCAAGCCUUGGUUGGAGUGCAGGAUCCUGUGAUGACAUAGACUGCGAGCAUUGAGGCGCAGCCAUUAGGAUACAUCUAAAUUAAUAGCAUCCUAUUGAAGUCACU